CUGAGGCCGGUUUCAUGUAGUGUGUCAUCGUAGAGGCAGGACCGGGCGGAGUUCCAGUUGUGCCGUGCUUCAGACGAGCGCUGUGGAAAUAGCAUCAUAGUUUUAGACAACUACUCAACUGCCGAGGUCACUAGAGCUCUGGAAAUCCACACGUACGGCGCUCGCGCAUACCUCCUGCCUCUAUCGAAACGAAGUGGAACGAUUCUACUCAUUCAGGAGGUAGCGACUGUAAGCUACUCUAAACAAUUAGGGCUAAGAAGCAUUAACUUCUGCAGCAUAACAAAUUAAAGAAAAUUAUUUUAAGGAUAUUUUGCACACAAAAAAAAUCGGCAGCAGCAAUAUUUUUGGCUAAAAUAUCCGGGAACAAAAGCAGAGUUUCGCAAGGACUGGGACUGAACGGAGUUAAAUAUCCAGUAAGUUUAUGUUAAGGAACUAGGCUACAUGCAUUACGUUUAUUAAUAGAAUUGUGUUCGAAACUGGUGCACGUUAAUAUGAACGUGCAGUGGACCAGUCCGGUGUCAUUUGUACGCAAUGGUAGAAACAAAAGAAUUGACUCCGACGAGCCGGUGUCGAAGUGUCCGAGGUUGAGCGAGUCUUCGAGUGAUGCCGGUUACCUCAGUAGCUCACCCGGGUCGCCGGUGUGGGCGGCUCCCUUAAGCGGCACCACAACUCACCAGGGUCCGUCCCGCAUCGGUCAAUUCCUGCUGAUACCAAUCGCGGACAGGGAUGGAGUUCAUAGCGCUUUAAAUGUACAUACCGGAGAGGAGUCCGUGUGCAAGGUGUUCGACAUGGUCCACUACCAGGAGAAGAUCAGGGCUCACAGUAUUCUCCCAGCGCACAGGAACAUCUCUCACAUCAAAGAUAUCAUCCUGGGGGAUCGGAAGGCUUAUGUCUUCCUGGAGAAGGACUAUGGCGACAUGCACAUGUUCGUGAAGAGUUGCAAGAAGCUGGAUGAGGAGCUGGCAUCCCGGCUCUUCUACCAGGUGGCAUCCGCUGUGGCCCACUGCCACCAGACGGGCAUCGUCCUGGGAGAUCUCAAACUCAGGAAGUUUGUCUUUUCUAACGAGAAGAGGACACACCUGAAGCUGGAAAGUCUGGAGGAUUGUCACGUGCUAGAGGGGGACAGUGACUCCAUGUCAGAUAAGCAUGGCUGCCCAGCCUACGUCAGCCCUGAGAUUCUUAACAGCUCUGGCUCCUACUCCGGGAAGCAGGCAGACGUGUGGAGCCUGGGGGUCAUGCUCUAUACCCUGCUAGUGGGCCGCUAUCCAUUCCACGAUUCAGAUCCCAGCACACUGUUCUCCAAGAUCCGUCGGGGCCAGUUCUGCCUUCCGGACACCCUCUCCCCCAAGGCCAAGUGCCUGAUUCGCAGCCUGCUACGGAAGGAGCCAUGGGAGAGGCUCACGGCUGCAGAGAUACUCAUCCAUCCGUGGUUUCAUGGUGCCCAGGAAAGGGGAAGCCGAGAGCAGGAAGCCAGUAGCCCUGACCAAACUGUGCCCACAUUCUGUCUGGAGAAUGAUGAAUCUCUGUUCUGCUGAAAAGGACCCAACCUCAACAAAGUGGAUUGAAAGUUUCAAUGCUGUUUCUUUUCAUGUACUUUAAUAUCCUGUCUGAAAACUACCAUACUGUCUUUGUGUAAAGUGUGGACACUGCACAACCACAAGACAAUUUUCAAAGCUGUCCAGCUUCUUAAUUUGUGGUUAAGUUCAGGGUCAGUGUAUUAACAGGUUUCGGCAGGAUGUGUUCUUCAUUUACAUCGAUUUCACAAAACACGACAUACGCUUGAAAAAAUGCACUUGGGUCCACAAGGUAGCCAGGACUUGGUAGUAAACCUCAGAAAACCUCAAGACCACAAUCUUCUGAAUAUGAAGCACAGCAAAGCCACACUGUGAGCACUAUCUGGCGGGACAGAGGCUCUGACCGGCAUUUAAACCCCGUCGAGGCCCAUCCCACUCAGAGGCAGAGGGAGAAGGGGAUAGAGAGAAGGAGAGCACACACACCCAUGCACACAGGCUGUCCUAUAUCAGGACCACCCAGGCCACUGACUGUCCUAUUUACUCAGACGAAACAGUCUACAGUUUCUAGUGGGGAACUAGAAUGCCAAUGGAGAGCAUUGGUGCCGUCUGUCAUUUCAAGCCCCCGGCCUCUGAAGUAUCAUGUGGCUAUGGUUCACAGUGUAGCCCCUAAGCAACCAAGCCCCCAGUUCCAGUCUCAGCUGAGACCAGGCCAGUCACUGACAGAACUCCAGUUUGCAGCUCCUACCCGCUAUCAAGCUCUGUUUUUCCCUAUGGCCCACAAGGACCCGUUUGUUGUCUCUGUUCCUCUUAUUUAUUUCUCAUUUCCGCUUGUGUGCACAGUCAGGUUUUUUUUUUGUUGACUUUGAAAAACAGAAAAUUUAAUCUGGGAGACUGGUGCUAGACCGUCGUUUUGUGUGCGGUAAUCCUGUUUCAAAAUGUUUUCGCCGUAAUAUAAAAUCAAAAUUUUAUGGAAUACUUUGUUAAUAUGUGGCAGAAUAUAAUGCAUGUAUUAGAAUGUUAUCUUUCAUAAAUACCAUUUUGUACAGAUAUCGUAUAUUGUACAGUUAGUUAUUAGGCUACAUGAAAUAUACAUGAAAGUGGAAAACGUGUAAGUUAUGUAUUUUCUGUAACAUAUGCACUUAUUUAAUGUGUCUGAAAAGGUAUUCCUUCUAUUUUGGAUUUUAUAUUUUGCCAUGAAAAUAUUAUAUGUUACGCUUUCAUAACUUUGAAUGCUGUUAUCAUAUGGUCUUCUCGUGACCUUCUUAUAAUGGCAAAGAUCAUCUGUUGUAUCCCCCCUCUCCACCUUUCAUGUUUCCCAGACAGUUUCCUGUUUCCCUGAGCUUUGCCGUUGCACAAGCUGACCUGGUGGCUCUCGUGUGGCCCUUUGGCACUCUUGCGUACCACUCUUGCGUACAUCACGCACAGCACAACAGGAGUGUACACAGCUCUCCUUGCACUGUAGCUUUCUCCUUCACCCUGAGAGCUGCUCUUUCAUGAUAGCACUUGGCAAGCGUCAAAAGGGUGGAACGUCAUAAACGCUAAAUGUAAAUAUGUAAAUUUUUCAAACAGUAUAUGGUCAUGACUCAUGAGGAAUAAAAGAAUGUUUUGGUUUUUUCAUUUUCA